AUGCAAGUUGGACAGCUCCCUCCGGGUCCCGAGACAGGAAAUUUCUACAUCCCGAUUUGCAAUUUACCAUUCGACACAAGAUGGCAGGCGCUUAAGGAAUGGCUUAGCCGCGACUGUGAAGUCGACUACAUUCAACUCUACCACCCCACCUCGGGCUGGAUCAGGGUCAAGGGGCCAUACAAUUUUUAUCGUGCAUGUGAUCGUUUGAAGGAUGGAGUGUUCAACGGCAGACGCAUCAUUUACGAUGACAGCAACAUGACGAGUGCAAUCGUCGUCAAGGAAGUGCACAAUGACGAGAACGCGAUUCCAGUGAACGGUACCGUGAGGUCUCGCCAACCAACCCCUGCACCAUUCUCUGCACAAAUCGACCAUCAACCCGCACCAUACUCUUACGCAUCCUCAGAAGCAUCAUCGUUUGAACAACAAGUUCCAACGGACCUCGGACACUUCAGCCAGGGGUAUGAUGGCACUCAGAUACAGGGAGCAUGGUGCCCUGAAUACCCUGCGUACGUGUCCAACAGUGGAUUCUUUGCGAGCGCCGCGGCUCCAACCAACCAACCCAGCCAGGCUGUCUCUGUUGAACAUAGACGAAUCAUAAUUAGACGGAUAGGACACAGCACUCCGGAAGACCAGAUCAAAGCGCUCAUUAAGCAAAGCCUGGCACGAGUUACCCCGGUAAAGGCCGAGCUCCAGAGGAUCGACGUCCCCCGAGGAUCAGGCAGUCAGAACAGAGGACACGCCUUUGCAACAUUUCGAACCGCAGACAUUGCUCGAAGCGUUGCUGAGUCGCUCAACGGCAAAACUUGGAACUCCCGUCGGCUCGAGGCGCGUCUUACUACGGAAGGUGUCGCAGAGGAGCAGGCGAGCCGCGCGUCUCCAACGCCGACCUCGACUUGUUAG